ACAAAUAUACACAUAUGUAAGAGAUGCUCCAACUUUUUCGUUGCUAUUAAAAACAGAAAGUAGAACGUAUACAAAUACACCGAAAAUUUGUAUCUGUUAUGUAUCCUCGACUUUUUUUUUCCACUGAAAUUUUCAUUACUACCAUAAAAAAGAUACAUCGGUGAAAUCCUGAAGCCGGCGGAAAACGUAGAAAUCCCCGGAAACUAAACCCAAACACGGGAAGCUAUAACCCAAACAGACGGGUCUUGUUCAAACUACCGAAACAUCACCUAAACCCUUACAUUCCCUCAAAAACCCAAAGUUAAACAAUAAAGGAUAACAGAACAAAGACUUAAUUGUCUAUGACUAGCCGGAGAUCUUACUACGAACUGAGCAAGCGAGCACGCAAAGUUUGUGAAGGAGAGCAGAACCUCAUCUGAACCUCAUGUUCAAGAUGACAACACCAAACCACAAAAACCUCAUCUGAACCUCCUGUGAAAUUUCAUCUUGACUUUCUGUAUAUUUAUCAGAUGAAAAUCCUCGACUUUCUCUAUGGUGAGCUGUGUACAAACAAAAUAUUUUAACUUCGUCUUUUUUUUUGUAAAUAUAAUAUUUUUUCCUAUAAUCAUCUAACCUAAUUAAUUUAUCUAAAGGAGUGUAACAUCUUUAUACUUUCGGUGAUCGAUCAUUCAAAUUGCUUUUCCGCAAAUCAAGGAACAAAACUAAUGAAACUAUUUUCAUUGCAUUCUUAACAACUUUAUUUUUAUUUUACCAAACGUUUGGUAAAGUACGAAUCACUCUUCUGACCAAUUAACCCACCAAACGUUGGCAAUGGGUGCACCAUCAUAUUUAAAUAUAUAGUCUCUACUCGACCAACAUAAACCCAAGAAGAAUGGCCCGAUCACUAAAUCUCACAGCCCUCCUCUCUUUCAACUUCUUCAUCAUUUCAUUCUUUCUAACGCAAACACAAGCAACAAACAGCCAAACCAUAACCGAACUUACCGAUACAAACCGUAAUAUACCGGUGCCGGAGAAUCACCCGAGCACAACAGAUGGAGAAGAAGAGCAAGAGUCAGUCUUUGUCCGAGAUACAGGACAUGGUUAUGGUCUAUAUGGCCGUCGCACAAGCCACACCAACAAUGAAGAAGAUAACUCAAACGAGAACAACGACAACGAUCAGUUUUACUAUAGAAGCGACGCCUUUGGAAACCGCAAUGGUAGAUUCUAAAUAAAGAGAUUGGUAUUUCUGUUUCGUUUCUUUUUGGGAUUAUUUUGAGAUUUUGGAUCGUUUUGGGUACAUGUUCGGAUUGGCAGCUCUUAAAAUGAUAUAAAGACUUCAAGUU